UUUAAAUAUUUUAUUGUGAUUUUGCAUUUUGUUAUCUUAAUAUUAUCGGUGUAAUUUACACAAAGAUUAAUGAUAAAGACUGCGAAUGUUGUAAUACACUCUACCAUAAGACAGUUCAUCUUACAUUUCGUAAGAAAGAUGACCCAUCAAGUCUUUGUCUAUGGCACACUAAAGCGUAACGAGCCUAACCACUACUGGCUCACUAACCCUGAGAACGGAGCGAGCAAGUUCAUAGCCAACGGAACAACGAAGACUAAAUACCCACUAAUCAUCGCUACACGAUACAACAUUCCAUUCUUACUUUACAGUCCGGGCGAUGGAUCUAACGUUCAAGGUGAAGUUUAUGAAGUAGAUGACAAAAUGUUAAGUAACCUGGAUAUAUUGGAAGACCAUCCAAAAUUCUAUGUCAGAGAAGUAGACGACAUCCAAAUACAGAAAGGGAACGAAGCGACAACAACAAAAUGCUGGGUGUACUUCCUGAAGACCUUUAAACCGGAGCUACUGAAAAAGCCAACAUUAAGCAACUAUUCCUCCACCGGACCCCACGGCCUCGUCUACUCGGAGAGGUGCAAUAGAGACCCUAAUUAUGACUAUUGGCGCGAAGUCAAAUGCAGUCAAGGAGACUGCUGAGUAUUAGCAAAAAUCUAGUCAAUUUUUUCCCUAAAUAAUAACGAAUCAACCGUGGACGAUUUGUAUGAUGACAUUUUAAAGAAAUAAUGUGAUUAUUUGCCUCGUGUUAUAUGCAAAAAUGGUUUCCUUGUA